CUGAGAAGGGAUGCUGCAAAACCCACCUUACUAAAGGUUUCAUUUGAAACUGUAUUUUCACAUAUUUCUACAUGCCUCAUCUAGGAUUAUAUAUGCCAACCCAACAGAAGAAAGUUGUUUUCUGCAUAGCUGGUGUGUUCAGUUUUGCUUGUGCUCUGGCCAUUGCAGCAGCUAUAGGAACUCAGCUAUGGAUCCAAGGAAAAAUUCUUUGCAAAACUGGAGCAUUGCUUGUUAAUGCUACUGGCCAGGAAUUAGAUAAGUUUAUUGGUGAAAUUCAGUAUGGACUAUUCUAUGGGGAGAGGGUUAGACAAUGUGGCCUUGGAGGGAGACCUUUUCAGUUUUCAUUUUUUCCAGAUUUAUUCAAAAUUAUGCCUGCAAGUAUCCAUGUAAGUGUCAUCCUCUUUUGCUUGGCAUUAUUCGUUUUUGCACUGAUUGCAACCGGCUUCUUCAUGUACAAUGCAUUUGGCAAUCCUUAUGAAACUUUACAUGGUCCAUUAGGACUCUACCUGUGGAGUUUCAUUUCAGUUUCUUGUGGCUUUCUUAUUUUGAUACUGUUUUCUUCAGAAGUCAAAAUCCACCAUCUCUCUGAAAAAAUAGCUAAUUAUAAAGAAGGAAGUUUUAUUUUUAAAACUCACAGUGAGCAGUUUGCAAAAUCCUUCUGGAUCAUCCUGGUGUGUUCAUUAGUACACUUUAUGAACAUUCUGCUUAUACGCUUGACUGGAUUUGAGUUUCCUUUUUCGAAAUCAAAAAAUUCUGAGGCACCAAAUGGAGCAAUGGAUCUAAUGUACUAAACACCUUAAAUCUUGAUUUAUGCAAAUAAUUCACCUUGGCUUUCUUUUUUCAAAAGAUGCAAAGCUUACACAUAUUUAAAAGAUUGGUUUUUACAAGUGUAUUUUGAGGCAAAAACAUACACAAGGUACAAGCAAACAGGGCUUUAAUCAGUAAUAUUAUUUUCAUUAGAUUAUCACUUUUCAUCAUAGCAAUACAAAAAGAAUGUGAAACAGAAUACUUGCAGCAAUCUAUAACAGAACCUACUUAUUUCCUAUUUGCAAAUUAUGUUCAAUAGUGUUUGUUUAGAGGUAUUGUCAAUACUUCAAAGUAUUGUACAUACUUUGAAAUAUAUUUGAAGUAUGUGCAACCAUCUCAGCUUUUAUUUCAAAGAACUAACGGUUCAAGAAUUAAAAUGGAACACAUCUAGCCAUAAACCAAUAUUUUAGCAGCAAGUCACAGAGAUUUUCAAAACUGAGCUGCUGAAAUUUUUAAAGAUGAAAAAUUGUGUGCAAAAUCAAGAAUAAAUCAACAUUUCCAAUAAAAAUGAAAAGUGCCAAUUUGAAAUCAGAUAUUAUAAUUGGCAUCCAGUAUUUUCAACUCACCUUAAAGAAAUUUCUUUUCACAAAGGGAGAAUUAACCAUAAAUGGAUCCCUUCUGUAGUUCUCAAGCAGCUUGUGUUCAUUGACAACAUCUAUAGUGUGCCAUGCUGUGUUAUUUCUAUUCUAUAGGAAAGCAUUUCUGUUAGAAAUUAAUGUUCUAUAAUUAAUUUUUAACUGAAAUACUUUUUUAUGAACUACCAAAGAUAUUUGUACCUUCUGUUUAAUGUCAUAUUUGAGAGCGCUGGCCCCAUAUGUACUAACUAUGCAUACAGUAAAGUUGUGAUAUCUUUCUUUUCUUAUUAAAAUGUUUAUUUUAAUUUUCAGAUCUGAUCUUUCUCAUAUGGAAUUUUAUGCUUCAUAAAUAAAUACUAUCUGUUAUGCCCUAUAACUUCAAAUAAUUGUCAGUAGAAAAAAUGCUCAAAACAGAAGAAAAUAAAAUAUCUGUGCUCGAACUUAUUCUAAUUCAUCUUAUAUGUUAGUAUUAUGUGUUACAAGAAAUUUUGGUCAGUAUAUCUCUGUAAUUUUUAUCUUAUUUUUCUUUUGUCCUGUUAUUCUGUUAUUCCACAUUUAUUCUCAUGUUUACGAUUUUAGUUCCAAUAGCUGGUGCUAUUUCCAAAAUGCAUACAUGGACAUCUUCAUAUAUUUUUGUGUAUCAAUUUAUUUCUUU